AUGAGGUUGUUCGAUCCAUGGCCAGUGUUCUUCAAGAGGGAGUGGAAACGUUGUUGGCCGUUUCUCACCGGAUUCGCCGUAACCGGCGUCCUCAUCACCAAGCUCACUGCUGGAUUCACCGAGGAAGACGCUAAGAACUCCAAGUUCGUCCAACAACACAGGCGGUGAUCUACUGAUGUAGAAGCUGUGAGACAGAGAAAGUCCUUACGAAUACUAUGUUUUGAGUGCUUCGGCUUUGAAAACUAUUCUAAUAACAUAGAAGAGAGGAUUCUUGAUACUGUUCGUCUCUCUUUUCCUUUUUUUUUUUUUCAUAUCUCUUGAACAGUGCAAGUUCUUACUUUUUUUGAUAAUGGAUUUUGAUUCCUCCUCUUUCUUUUGGUGUUCCACCAAUUCAUUUAAAUAAAGCCUUACAGUACUGAAUGAUUG